UAUUCACUCAACCGAUCUUUACUCAUCAACGCCAUCUCCUCUACCUCUCUUCAUCUGCUUCACCAAAUCUCUUCAAAAACCCUAAUUGGAUCACUCAUUCAACCUGAAAUACCCUUUUCAGGAAACUCAAUUGAACCUUCUACAAAGGAUAAAUCAUGUAAUAUCUACUCUAUUAAUGGUGAUGACGGGAGAUCGAUCCUUUUAGUGCUUACUCAGUCUUCGAUCUCCUCAGAAAGAUCUCAUACAGUUGCAAAACUACCAACCGAUGGAAACAAGAUUUAUCCAGAGAAAGUACUCAUCCUUGAUUCCAUCGUGAGUUGAAAUUUCCGUGGGAAUCUUCCUCCGGAUGAGAUAUUAGGGUUUAAACUAGAAACAAUGGAGGAGAAGUUAAAUAGUGAAGUGAUGGUGAAAGGCUUGGAUUAUUUUCCAUCUGGAAGUGUUAUUGACGGAAUUUCUGCUGCUCUUCUUGCUCGUUGUCAAAUUAAGAAGAUUUGUGCAACGUUAUGCGUUACCUGGCCCCAAAAUGGUUAUUCUGUCCAUUCCGUCAAAGGGUUGGUGCAAUGGUUGUGCUGCAGAGAAUGGUUAGGUCAUGAAGGAGAUGUUGUGAUGCAGGUGGAGUUGAUGUUGCUGCUUGUCAGUAUGGUACUACACAUGAUUAUGCAAGUGAUGCAGAUGCAGAUUUGGUGAUGGUUGAGCUGAGAACUAUAAUGGUUGUGAAUUAUGAACACUGGAGAUGAUGAGAGUCUGCUAAACCAAUGAUUUGAAUUGUGAAGGUGGUGGUCUGAGACAUUGCAGGUGGACUGUGGAGUGAAAAUGGAGGUGUUGGCGGCCUAUGGUGUUCAAGGGUUACAACUGCUGAGACAAUGAUAAGUUUUUGUGAGUGAUGCUGAAGAAUAUGAAAUGGCUGUGUGUUGCAGAAGCUACACCAAUGAUCUGAAUUGGGACUGACAGAGAUGGCGCUAGUUGCAAUGAGUAAUUGAAUGAGAUGUGUGUGAACUAGAAUACUAGAUGUAUGCUUAGGGUUGCAAUGUAUGAAACUGAGUUGCAGGUGCUGGCGUAAUUCUGGUGAUACUGUAAUACAUAGUUGAGCUGGUAGAAGCAAAUUUAUGUAUUUUGUUUUUGGUAAAUAGAUGGUUAUUAAAGUA